AUGCCCUCCGAAAAGACGCCAUUUUACGACCCGGUUCCGCCGACAUAUGACGAGGCGUUGGCAACGGAGGGACGUCGCGACUAUCGCCGGGCUCCGUCCAGGUCUUCGAUUGAUGACCAGGAUGCUCAGCAUACCGAGCAACAGUCACUUCUGCAUCAAGCAGACAGUUUCGCAGGACCCUCAAGAGCUCCUCAGGGAUACCAGCCCCCAACGGUAGAAACGGAUGAUGAGUCGAGUCUAUUCGGGAGCGACAGCGGUACAGACGAUGACGAUGAGGCGACCCACGUACGGCGAGAAAUGCAAGAGAUAGAGAUAGAGGAGCCUUCGAGGUCCCUGUCAUCAAUAUGGAGCAAAAGGAUCGGAUUUUCAUUAUCGCUGCCCAAGUGGAAGUGGAAGUGGCGGCUGAGCCUCCCCCGACUUCGAAUCCAGCUUCCCUCUGGUCGGUCUGAAUCGACGAGUAAUGAAAACAAUAACGAAAACGAGACGAACGCUGGUACCAGGCCAUGGCAAUGGCAAUGGCCGCAGCUUACUUCUAUGACCAUGAUCAUCGUUUUUGCGAGACUUUUCGCCCUGCUUGUCAUCAUCGGCUUCGUCUACUUUCUCUUCGCAAGCGGAUUUUUUAGUGGCUUCGAUACUCCUUUAACGAGAGGCAUGCGCUUCGAUUCAGAAGACCUCAAGCAUUUUGUGCAGUCGAGUAUUGAUCCACUACGUAUGCGAGCUUCUGUUUUACACUACUCACAUUAUGCCCACAUUGCCGGUACGGAAGGGGAUUAUGCGACCGCUGUGGAUGUCCAGAGCAUGUUUGGCCGUGCACGACUCGACAGUGUGCAGCUCGAUGAAUACUAUGCAUACGUAAACUAUCCACGAAAGGACGGUCGAACCGUGCAAAUCAUGGAUAAGAAUGGAGAGAAGGCUAUCUGGACCGCCAAGUUGGACGAGGAAGAGCGCGGCGGAGAGACGGCAGGGCGGCAGACGUAUUCUUUUCACGGUCUUUCCAAGUCGGGGGAUGUAAAAGGUCCGCUCAUAUACGCAAAUUACGGGUCUAGAGAAGACUUUCAGAAACUCAAGGACAGCGGAAUUGAUACAACUGGAGCUGUUGCUCUAGUACGGUACAAUGGCUCCCAACGGGAUGACGGGCUCAGGGUCAAAGCAGCAGAGCUGGCGGGAUUUUCUGGAUGCUUAAUUUACAGCGACCCAUCGGAUGAUGGUUUUAUCAAAGGGAACCCUGCACCAAAGGGACGAUUUAUGCCUGAAGAUGGUGUGCGUCGUGGCUCAGUGAGCCUGAGAGGUUGGGUCAUGGGUGAUGUGCUAACUCCUGGAUGGGAGAGCAAGAAGAAGAAUCAAAGGGUAAACAUUGAGGAUGCAUCUGGAUUAGUGAAAAUCCCGAGCCUUCCACUUGCUUGGAGGGACGCUAAGAUUUUGCUGCAGCACCUGAAGGGCCAUGGGCAGAAAGUCCCAGAGGAGUGGAAAGGAAGCGCACAAGAAAUGGACGAGUGGUGGACCGGAGACAAAGCGUCACCUAUCGUUCGUCUGCAGAACGAACAAGACGAAGUGGAACGCCAACGGAUCUGGAACGUCUAUGGUAGGAUUGAGGGGAUGGAACAAUCGAGCAAGUCGAUCAUCAUUGGGAAUCACCGAGACACCUUUGCCUUUGGCGCAACGCAGCCUCAUUCUGGAACGGCCGUCAUGAUUGAGCUAGCUCGCGUUUUCGGUAGCCUGCUAAGUCGAGGAUGGCGCCCACUACGUACGAUUGAGUUCAUGUCGUGGGAUGCUGCGGAGUUUAACACGAUUGGAUCCACCGAAUAUGUCGAGGAAUUCAUCGAUUCCAGAGCACUACGAGCCAAUGCCUACGCUUACAUCAAUUUAGACGAUGCUGUUUCCGGGACCGAGUUCAAGGCCACUGGAUCGCCGAUUUUGGAACGCGCAUUGAUCCGGGCUAUGGAACGAGUGAUGGACCCAAACGGCAAUGCGACUAUAAAACAACAGUGGGACGCUCGGCAAGCCAAACUAGACGGCGUUGGAGGAGGUAGUGAUUUUGUUCCAUUUCAACACGUUGCCGGCACAAGCUCUAUAGACCUUCAGUUUGCAGGUAAUCCUGUUCUUUACGGCUCGAGCUACGACAAUUUCAACUUGGUCGAGCAGGUAAUAGACCCAAACUUUGUCUACCACGGGCUCAUGGGGCAAGUCAUUGGAUUGUUAGUGCUGGACCUAGCAGACCGAGCUAUUUUGCCCUUUGACCUUGUUGGAUAUGCGAGAAGGUUGGGCCAUUGGGCUCACGAUCUGGAAGCCUGGAUACAUGAGCAGAAGGGAGCCAAGGAGGAAGCGUCAAAGAUUCCUUUUGGGGAAUUGAAGGAUGCCAUCGAGUUGGUCAAGAGCAAUGCCGAAGAGUUUGAGAAAUGGGAACUGGAGUGGGAUCGGGCAAUGGUCCUCAGUAAUGGUUUCGAAGCAAACAACCUCGGACAACAACGUCUCCUGUACAACGACAAGAUGGCUGCGUUUGAAGCUUCGCUCCUAGACCUGGAAUUCGGCGGCGGUAUUCCGAACCGCACUCAGUUCAAGCACGUUGCGUUUGGCCCUCAGAAGUGGUCAACAUUUGAUGUUGCAUACUUCCCAGCAAUCCGAGACACCGUCGAAGUUGGCGAUUGGGAAUUGGCAAAGCUCAUCACGACCAAAACUGCGGGCAUAUUACGACAAGCGGCGACUGUCUUGCAAUUAGGCGCUCCUUAG